ACCUUCAAUAUAUUCUUUCAACCAACUUCUGACCACAUGACAGGAUAGAAACUUUAACAAGAGUGUAUAUACGCGUGUCACUCCUCAAACACACGCUGGAUUUCUUCAUUUGUGGAUCUGAAAAUGUUUCGUCUUCAGCUGUUUGUUUUGAUUUGUUUGUAUGUUGCAGUACAGCCGUCCAGUCAAACAGACGACAGCUCUUUUCUCAUCUACAAUGAGGAUCACAACAGAUGUGUGAAUGUCAUCAGUGCCAAUGUUGUACAGACGGCAGCGUGUGAUGUAUCUUCUGAUGCUCAGCGUUUCCGAUGGGUUUCUUCUUCAAGAAUUAUCAGCGUCUCUCUUAAACUCUGUUUGGGAGUUCAAAACGUUAAAGACUGGGAGAAAGUGAUCCUUCUGCCCUGUAAAGAGCUCAGUCCUCUACAGACCUGGGAAUGUAAGAAUGAGACCUUGUUUGGCUUAAAGGGACAAUCGUUACAUCUGAACUACGGCAAUCGAGGGGAGAAAAAUAUGAUGCUGUAUAAGGGAAAUGGAACUUGGAGUCGCUGGCAGGUUCAUGGGACUAAAGAAGAUUUAUGUUCUCGUGGAUAUCAAGAGAUUUUUACUCUGCGUGGGAAUUCAUUUGGAAAGCCAUGUCAGUUUCCCUUUAAGUUUAAUGACAAGUGGUACGCUGAGUGCACCACAGACGGAAGAUCAGAUGGCAAACCGUGGUGUUCAACUGAGACAAAUUAUAAUACGGACAAGAAAUGGGGCAUCUGUCCAACCAAAGGCGUCUCAGGGUGGGACAGUGAUCCAGUAACUGGUGUAUUAUAUCAGAGAAACACACAAUCAGCACUGACCUGGCAUCAAGCUCGAGCCAGCUGCCAACAACAAGAUGCAGAUCUUCUCAGUAUAUCAGAACUACAUGAACAGUCUUAUAUAUCAGGCUUGACAGAUCUCUUGGGUUCAGCUUUAUGGAUCGGACUCAACAGUCUUGACUUUGAGAGUGGAUGGCAGUGGAGUAAUGGAAACCCCUUCAGAUAUCUCAACUGGGCUCCAGGUAAUCCCUCUCUGGAGCCGGGCCUUAACUGUGCUGCAUUAAACGCUGGUAAAGCAUCCAAGUGGGAAAGUUUGGCCUGCAGCAAGAAGUUAGGUCACAUUUGCCGCAAGGGAAACUCAACAGAUAUCACACCUUCAACAGGUAAAGAUCAGCCUAGCUUCUGUCCAGUGGCGUGGGUGCCAUACGCCGGUCACUGUUAUAAUCUGCAGCGCACUAAGAAGACGUGGAGUGAUGCUUUGGCCGAGUGUCACAGAGAAAGAUCAGAUCUGGCCAGCAUACACAACAUAGAAGAACACAGUUUCAUCAUAUCUCAGACUGGAUACAUGUCGUCUGAUGAACUCUGGAUUGGUCUUAAUGAUCAAAGGACUCAGAAUCUGUUCGAGUGGUCAGAUAGAUCACGUGUCACCUUCACUAAAUGGUUUGUAGGAGAACCUUCACACAUCACAAAUCGAUUGGAGGAUUGUGUUCUUAUCAAAGGAAAGGAGGGAAAGUGGUCAGAUCAUCUGUGUGAGUCAGCUCAUGGUUACAUCUGCAAGAAGAAAGCUUCCAUUAAACCUGAAGGAUCUCAAGAGGUCAUCAGUCCUGGAUGUCCAGCUGGUUGGUUUAGGUUUGGCUAUUACUGUUAUAGCGUUGCCAUAGAAACCAAAACUUUUGAUGAUGCCAAACUGACGUGUGAGCAGACCAAAGCUAACCUGGUUGAUGUUGCCAGCAGAUAUGAGAAUGCGUUUCUCAUCAGUCUGGUUGGUCUUCGACCUGAGAAAUAUUUCUGGAUUGGUUUGUCUAAUACUCAUCAGAAUGAGCGAUUCCAGUGGAUCAAUGGGAAUAAAGUCAAGUUUACACACUUUAAUGUAGGCAUGCCAGAUAAGCACCGAGGUUGUGUAGCAAUGUUAACAGGAACUUCAGCAGGAUUAUGGGAUGUAUUGGCCUGUAACACUAAACAGAAAUACAUCUGUAAGAAAAUGGCAGAAGGAGUCACUACAACCCCAGAGCCUCCGGCCACACGACCCCCCAGCUGCCCGGAUAAUUGGACUAAAAAAGAUCCAGGAAGUUGUAUUCAGGUCUACAGAAAGCCAAAGGAUGAGAAGAAGACUUGGUUUGAAGCGCGUGACUUCUGUCGAGCUGUUGGUGGUGAUUUAGUGAGCUUUCAUUCAGAAAAUGAAAUUAAUGUGGUACCAUCCACAAGGUAUUCAAGCUCAAACACGGCAUGGAUCGGCUUCACUUCAUUGGACAGUAAUUCUGGUUUUGUGUGGUCAGAUCAAACUCCUUCCGAUUAUGAGAACUGGGGCUCCGGUGAACCAAACAACUAUAAUAAUGAGGAACACUGUGCAGAAUCUGCCUUUUAUUAUGGACGCAAGUGGAAUGAUCGUGAUUGUGAUGCUUAUAAUGAUUGGAUCUGUCAGAUUCCUAUAGGCGUAACUCCAAAAUCCCCUCCGGCAUCAGUCAUUCAAGAAUAUAACAAGACGUCUGAUGGCUGGAUUCAGUACAAUGGCAGUCAGUAUUUCAUUAAUAAUGAUCUGCACCCUAUGGAAGAAGCUCGUGCCUUCUGUAAGAAGAAUCAUGCUGAUCUUGUUGUCAUUACUGGUCAGACUGAGAGGAAGUUUUUAUGGAAGCAGAUAUCUAAAGGAUCGGAAAAUCAGUACUACAUCGGGAUGACUGUAGAUUUGGACAAAUCAAUUAAUUGGGUGGAUGGUUCACCUGUUGUAUACACUGCAUGGGAACAAAACGAACCAAAUUUCGCCAACAAUGACGAGAACUGUGUGACCAUUUACAAGAACAUGGGAUUCUGGAAUGAUAUUAAUUGUGGUGUAGUGUUACCAUCGAUCUGUAAAAGAAGUGCUGAUUUUGUUAACACCACCAUGUCUCCAAUCACUGUGGCAGCGGGCGGCUGCGCUCCUGAAUGGACUCUGUUCAGAGGAAAAUGUUACAAGUUUUUCGAUAACAUGAUGUCAUGGCAAAAAUCACGAGAUCACUGCAUUUCACAUGGAGGCAAUCUGGUGUCCAUUCGGAGUCACACAGAGCAAUCAUUUCUUACAACUCUGAUGCUCAGAUCUACUGAUGACGUGUGGAUCGGUUUAAAUGACGUCAACGCGGAGAUGCGCUUUUUGUGGACUGAUGGUAAAGGCGUCAAAUACACAAACUGGGUCAAAGGUCAUCCAAUGUCAUGGCCAGAGUCAAGAAGCUACUUUGAAAGAGAGACCUAUGACUGUGUUGUGAUGAUUAGACAUCCCAAGAAGUUGACUGGUAUGUGGAAAGUUGAAGUCUGUGGAGAUGAGAGAGGUUUCAUCUGCAAGAGGAAAACAGACUCUCAGCUGUCUGCUCUCGUGACCACAGCAGUACCACAGAAAUACUUCAGUCUGGGAAAUGAUUCAUAUAAGUUCCAGCUGGAGAAGAUGAGCUGGGAUGAAGCGAGAAGACAGUGUAAAGCUGAUGAUGCUGAUCUUGCGAGUGUACUGGACUCCAUCAGUCAGGCGUACACCAGCCUCCGAGUCGACAAACUCAAAGAACCUUUGUGGAUCGGACUCAACAGUAACCUGACAGGUGGACGCUAUCGCUGGGUGGAUAACUGGCUUCUAAGCUACAGUAAAUGGGCUACAGGAGAACCCAAAAACAAUUUAGCUUGUGUUUAUAUUGACACGGAUGGAGACUGGAAAACUGCAGCGUGUAACACCACAUAUUAUUCCCUCUGUAAACGAUCAACAGCUUUUGCCCCCACAGAUCCGCCUCAGCUGGCGGGUAACUGCCCCGAGUCGAAAAAUAGAGGUUGGAUCCCGUUUAGAGGAAACUGCUAUACCUUCAUGGCCUCCACGAGAGACAGCUGGGCUCAUGCCACAGUAGAAUGUAUAAGAAUGGGUGCAUCUUUAGUGAGUAUUGAGGAUCAAAUAGAAUCACAGUUUAUCCAGCAAAACCUGGAGAUCCUGCAGGAUGAAGUCAAGUCAGUCUGGAUUGGACUUCACCGCAGUCAUAUGGGUGAUUGGAUGUGGAUUGAUAAUACGGUUGUGGAUUACACAAACUGGAAACCCCGGAUGCCGGAUGAUGUUGAAAAUUGUGUUGAAGUUCAGUCAAACACUGGGAUGUGGAGCGUCAACAGCUGUAAUAAUAGGAGAGGUUAUAUCUGCAAGACUGCUAAAGUUAUACCACCAACAGAGAAGCCAUCAAUCCCAGAUGUUCAGGUAGAUGAGACGUCUCAUGGAUCGACUGGCAUCGCUGUAGUGGUCGUGCUGGUUAUCAUCGCUGCCGCCGGUCUUGCUGGGUUUCUGCUCUUUAAGAGAGUUCGCAGGCCUGUGAUUGGACAGCGUACAUUUGACAACAGACUCUAUAACAAGUCUGAUCUCUCACGGCCACCUACAACUAUUGAUACUAAAGGACUUGUUGCCAACAUUGAACAAAAUGAGCACGCUUAACACAAAUGACCAUCACUCUCAAUGUAAUGUGCACACAAGAUAUUUUGAAACAUCUUCUUCGCGCAGAUUUUUCUUUUAUUGAAAGAUCAAGUAUUGCAGCAUGUCAGUAGUUCAGUAAGUUGAGUGCCGUAUAUCUGGAAGGAGAAUCAAAGGUUAUGAGAUCUUCUUAUAAACUGGUUUGUAUCUGUUUUAUAAGCCUGUUUUGUAUAUAACGUCAUUUACAUCGUGAUUCAUCUCUUUACCAAUGAUUGAGUUUUACUUUUUCCCUAUAAUUUUCUGAAUGAAGAAAAUGAAGAUUAUGGACAGGUUAGUUGGUUAUAGACAAAAUUAUUUGUCUUGUGAAAAAGGUUAAGCCGCUAAGAAUGUUUUUAGUGUGGUGGCGUUUUAUUAGCACUGAUUUGAUAAACAUGAAUUUUGAAUUGAUUUUAAAAUUAAUUAUGUACAUAUGUUUAGUCAUUUUAUUUAGAAAUAAAAAAGGAUGAUGUUACAUAAAGUAAAACUGGAGAUUUUUUCUGGGAAAACUUG